ACAGGAUCAGUAAGAGACAGUAUUCAGUUUCACUGCAACAGAAUUUAAGAAAAAGAAAAUGUAUUCAAGAAAUAAAAAGUAGCGGAUUUGAACGGAGCCGCUCUGCAAGGGUACAGUAAAGGAUUAGCCCUAUUCUUCCCAGAAGGUCGGUGACAGCUUUUGCGCAGAAGUACUUGGUUAUUUUCUAUUACAGCUCGGACCAAGAAAAAAUUCAAUCGUCGUCGAGGUCUCCCAGUGUGAAAGAAAAGUCUGUGUGGCACUGAAUAGGGCUCUCACUUUCUCCAUCUUCCCCCAGGCACUCUUUCACUUUAGUUCUUCUAUUAGCUUCUUCUCAGCUUCUCCCUUGCGUCUAGUUGUUUUAUCUGACACUAAUGCCAAAUGCCGUGCCGGUGUACGUAUUAUUAUCCCAAGGCUUGUAUUAACUUUCCGUAUUAUUCCUAUAAGGCCCACUCGCACCUCUUGCAAAAGUCCAUGAAUUGCAUGCAUGAAAACUUCUGCCAUCUUCAAUUCAUUUGAUGGAUUUUCUUCUUAUUUUCUUAAUUUUUAUCAGACUUUGCAAGUAUGCAGAGAGAGAAAGAAACUUUAAGAGAGAAGACGAGCAAGGGACAAAGAGAUUUGUGAGAGCGUAGUCUAUGCAUACCCCAAUUUGAUUUGAUAGGAUUUAGUUGUGACUAUCAAUGUUUACUCAUCUGUUGUGCUCUGAGCUAUCUCAAACAACAGGACACGUAUACAAAAAGACAGCAAAGGGUGUGACUAUAAAUUCCGCUAAAUUACACUUUAUUUAACAUGAAAUCACUUCAAAAUCACAUUCAGUGGCUUUGACAGUUUAUGUUCAGCUGACAUCUGAGGAUGCCACUGGGAAUUAGAGUGAUGAAUUAUAUGUACUGUAAGUGCAACCUGACAGCUAAAAGAUGGGUCCCCCUGCUGUCUUGCAAAAAUAAUUGUCAUGACCUGCUCUAUAAAAGCCCUGAUUAAAAACUAAUAAUGGAACAGUUAUGAACGAAAAUAUCUAUUGCAUACGCAAGGGAUGCAGUGAGGGAGAGUUUUACAGUGACUCUUAUGUGCCAUUCGACUAAAGAUCUGGAAAAAUACGACAAGAUUGUUUGAUGCAUUUACAGAUUAUACCAAUGUUAAUAGAUUUCUUCAGAGAAACUGAGCAGUACCAUAAGCUUUACAAGACUGAACAGUGUUUCAUCAAUAGCGCUGCGUCACGCUCAGUAAAAGGAGUGACCUUCUUAAAAACACUGACCAUCAAUCAUUCGAGCGUCAGUAUUUAUCACGCGUUAUUGAGCUAUUGGUUAAUAUAAUCAAUUUACAAGUGACCAUUCACGUAUAAAACAGGAGAGAGAGUGCAGAUGAAGUCAACUUUAGUGUUUAAAAAAAAAUAAAAAUACAAUUUUUUUUCCUUCAAAACAAGCGUCGAUAUUGAUAUAGGCUACUGCGCAGCUAUACUUCACGGAUAAAUUCUUUUGCGUAACCGUAAUUUGCCUAUAAACGUGCGCUGGCGCAAACGUUCAGUGUCCGCGCUUUAUGAAUUCACGCGCGCCUAUUAGACUAGCGUUCGCAUGUCGGACGCACACCUCUGCGUUUCGCACAGCGAUACGGCACAAUUGAUUCGCAGUACGGGAUGAUAGGAGGAUGCGAGACGCGGAGGGGGCUGCGGGGGACAUGCAACAGAGGGCCGAGAGGCUCUAGUAAAUAUUUAUAUUGCAUGAUUAUAUGCGAGUGAUGAGGUGUAUUCUUAUGUGUGGGGAGGAGGCAGAGAGAGAAGAAGAGAGAGAGACGGAGAGAGAGGGAGGCAGAGACCUCAAGCCACCCAGUUAUUAAUAUUAUUCCACACCGCUAAGUUUAGCAUUCAACACGUGUCGCUAGUGAUGGAGAGUGAGGGAGAGAGAGGCGCGCGCGAGAGAGGGAGGUUGACGGUUGACGGUUGCUAGGUGACGAGGCGCAUAUACUGAAUUUUAACAAAAGAGCGGAGAAAGAGGGAGAGAGAGAGAGAGCGCGCGCGCGCGUGUGUGUGUGUGUGUGAGAGAGAGAGAGAGAUGAGAGAGAGGAGGAAGAGGGAGCUAGGUAGAGAGGGAGAGCUCGCGAAAAUUGAAUACAUGUAGAAUAUAUAUAUUUCUAGGUGUAUUGUUCGCGGAGAAACCGCAAAAAGGAUACCUCAAGGGGAAUGAUGUGAAGAGAAUGGAGGGCCGAAAGGAGAGAGGGGGGACAGGCGCGUGAAAAACACAGCUUUCUCUAUUUGUGCCCUCUCGCUUGGCCUCCUCAUUUGUUGCCAUGGUCACAGUACCCACGCUGUCUCUGCUAUUGGCCCUGGUAGAAUGGGUGGGUCCGACCAGCUCCUCCCCUCAUCUCUUGCUUCGCCCACGAGAGCGUGAACGGGACCCGGUGGCAUCGAUGCAUUUCAACAUCGCAGUGAUCCACGCGGGCUCGACGAUCCAACAAGGGGAAGCAGGGGCUGCGGCAGCUGCGGGCAGGGUGCCAUACCCGGGCUUCGGACGUGUGCACAGCAGUUUCGGCGAGAGUGUCGUUACCCAGUGGGGAUCCGCCAACGUGAUCUGGCUCCAGGUAAAUGACAGCAGCCCGAGGACGUUGCUUUCUCAACUAUGUGACCUACUGGCAUCCAGACCCCUUCAAGGACUCGUGUAUGAAGAUGAGAGACCCAUUCCGCAUGCCUCUGGCCCCCUGGCCCCCAUGCUGGAGUUCGUCUCAGCCCAGACCGGCCUCCCCAUUGUUGCUGUGGGAGGGGGAGCGGGUCUGGGCAGGGUACCACAGGAGACCGGCUCAAUCUUCCUGCAGUUCAGCUCCUCCACCACACUCCAACUGGAGGUGAUCUUUGAGGUACUGGAGGAGUAUGAUUGGACGGCCUUCUCGGUGGUGUCCACACGUCACCACGGCUACCAAGACUUCCUGUCGGUGGUAGAAGGUUUGACCGAUGGGUCCUUCAUCGGUUGGGAGAAGAAGAGCGUAGUGAUGUUGAAUUUAACCGAUGACCCGGGAGGAGCCCGCACGCGGCGACUGCUUAAAGAGAACGAAGCACAGGUGCGGUUGUUGUACUGCUCUCAGGAGGAAGCAGAACAGGUGUUCCACGCCGCCUGGGCAGCUGGUCAGGCCAGCACCUCACACAUAUGGUUCGCAGUGGGUCCAGCUCUAUCCGAACUGGGCGUUAGCGGACUACCCAAUCGCCUAUUUGCGGUCAGGCCGCAGGGCUGGAGGGAUGAGCCUCGCAGACGUAUCGCCCGCGGCGUGUCCAUCCUCACUCAUGGAGCCGUUGCCCUGCGCAAGGACUACGGAGCAACAGGAGGGCCACACUUUGUCACCAACUGCCAAUCGGAUGGGAACAGGACGCAGAGGAUUCGCGGCAGAAUGAAGUAUUUCAGUAACAUCACUCUUGGUGGGCGGGACUAUUCUUUUAAUAAUGAGGGCUACCUGGCCAAUCCCUUUCUGGAUGUCAUCUCCUACACGCCCGGGAGUGGCUGGGAAGACGUAGGAUGGUGGGAGAACGGGGUGUUACGUCUGAGAUACCCUGCAUGGUCUCGCUACAGCCCAUUUCUGCAGCCACCUGAUGAUGCCCAGCACCUAAGGGUUGUGACCCUGGAGGAGCGCCCAUUUGUUAUUGUGGAGCUGGCAGACCCUUCUUCUGGAACCUGCAUUAGGGACUCAGUGCCAUGCCGGCGGCCUCUCAAUGCCACUGCACUUCAGGAAGGGGUGGCGCCUAUGAAGCAGUGCUGCAAGGGAUUUUGCAUUGACAUCCUUAAGCGACUGGCCAGAAUUGUGGGCUUCACUUAUGAUCUCUACUUGGUGACCAAUGGGAAACAUGGGAAAAAGAUUGAUGGAGUUUGGAAUGGGAUGGUGGGAGAGGUUGUGUACAAGCGUGCAGACAUGGCAAUCGGUUCCCUCACUAUCAACGAGGAGAGGUCAGAGGUUGUGGACUUCUCCGUGCCCUUCGUGGAGACGGGCAUCAGCGUCAUGGUCUCUCGUAGUAACGGAACCGUCUCCCCCUCUGCCUUUCUCGAGCCCUACAGCCCUGCUGUGUGGGUGAUGAUGUUUGUUAUGUGCCUGACUGUUGUGGCUGUGACCGUUUUCAUCUUUGAGUUCUUCAGUCCUGUGGGGUACAACCGCAGCCUUCAGAGCGGCAAGAAGGCCGGAGGUUCUAAGUUCACAAUAGGAAAGUCAAUUUGGCUUCUGUGGGCUCUGGUUUUUAAUAACUCUGUCCCAGUAGAGAACCCCAAAGGAACCACCAGUAAGAUCAUGGUUCUCAUCUGGGCAUUCUUUGCUGUCAUCUUCCUGGCUAGCUACACUGCCAACCUGGCUGCCUUUAUGAUUCAAGAGGAAUACAUUGAUACUGUGUCUGGGCUCAGUGAUAAAAAGUUUCAGCAUCCGACAGAGCAGUACCCUCCUCUGAAAUUCGGAACGGUCCCUAACGGAAGCACAGAGAAAAACAUCCGCAGUAACUAUCCAGACAUGCACCAGUACAUGAUCAAAUACAACCAGAGAAGUGUGGAGGAUGCCAUCUCUCACCUCAAGUCUGGCAAGCUGGAUGCCCUCAUCUAUGAUGCAGCUGUGUUGAACUACAUGGCUCGUAAGGAUGAAGGCUGUAAGGUAAUGACCAUCGGUUCGGGGAAAGUGUUUGCCACGACAGGCUACGGCAUCGCCCUGAUCAAGAACUCCCGCUGGAAACGUCCACUGGACCUGGCCUUACUGCAGCUGGUGGGCGAUGAUGAGAUUGAGAUGCUGGAGCGUCUCUGGCUCUCAGGGAUCUGUCAUAAUGAUAAAAUUGAAGUGAUGAGCUCCAAACUAGACAUAGACAACAUGGCCGGCGUGUUCUAUAUGCUGCUAGUGGCCAUGGGUCUCAGUCUUCUGGUCUUUGCCUGGGAGCACCUGGUGUACUGGAGGCUUCGGCACUGCAUGAGCAAAAUGGGCCAAUCCGGCAAACUGGACUUUCUACUUGCCUUCAGCAGGGGAAUGUAUAGCUGCUGCAGUUUUGAGGAUGAAACUGUGCAAGGUGGGGCCAAAGUCACAGUUACUACACAUCAUCACACUGCCAUGGUUGCUGCUUCUUCCUCACAUGUGGUCACUUCAGCUGUAUCCAAUCCAGCCAUUGCAAUGGUGCAGCAGCAACAACCACAGCAGCCUCAGCCUCCCCAGUCUUACAAAACACCUCUUCCUGGAUCACCUCCCACAAUCGUUCAUUCUGGAGCACCAUUGGGUCCCUCAAACACUCAACUUAUAGGAGCUCCACUGCCAUGCACUACUUUCUUACCCCGGCCAGAUCGCAGGCUGGCCGUUGUGGACCGCUGGAGACUACCGAAAACGGCUGGUGCCACCGCCCCCAUGGGUGUCAGAGGUGCUCUAACAGAAACGGGGCCCUUACCUCAAAAGGUGGCACCAGCCUGGGCAAGUGGUGGAGGUACAGGCAGUGGUCUAGAUGGAUAUAAGCGCUAUUAUGGACCUAUUGAUCCUGAGGGCCUUGGGCCAUGUGUGGACCAGCAGGCAGGUUCUCAAACUCCAAAGACUGUCCCCAGAGCCCACCAACAACCCCCACCCACUGGUGUUGCUUACUACCAGGAGAAGGGCAUGGAACAUGGCAUGGGGAAGAAGGUGGGAGUGGGUACUGGUGGAGGGGGUCAGGGUAGAGGGGUAAAACCUCUGGGGACUCCCAGGCUGCCCCCUAAAAGCCAGGCCCCAGCCCCACUGACACCUAACCCCCCAUUUCAGCACCCCUCUUCCCCUCUCCCUUCAUCCUUCUGGAGGAAACGGCGACCAAAAAAGCCCAAAGAACCUGGUGGUCCAUUGUAUGAAAACAUCCUGCCACUGGGUCGGAGAGUUGGAGGUAGGGAAGGACCUCGAAGGUCGAGACCCUCACCUCCGCUCCCCAUCCCUGUGCCAGUCACAAUCUCCCCAUCCUACACUCCUCCAUCCCCCUCUCCCUCACUCCCCUACACCUCCACAUCAUCCUCUUCAUCAUCCACAAGCUCCUCAACCACAUCAUCAGCCACAUCCUCACGCUCAACCUCUCCAUCAUCCACAUCUACAGCUUCAUCUCGGAGCACCCGAGACAGAGAGGCUGAGGAAGAGGAUGAUGAGGACUUGGAUGAAUUAACAGAGGAAUCCAGUCUUCUACAGGGACACAACAGAACCAGGGAUCGACAGCGAUCUAUUCUCUCCCCCAGAUCUCUCACACAUGGUCCUCCCCCUCCUGUACCCCCACGCAAACCAUGGGGCACAUUUGGAGAUAGGGAACAAAAAAAGGAUAGAGAGAGGGAGAGGGGUGGCAGCCAGCUAGCACAGCUCCAGGAGUGGUGGGCAGGAUGGUCAGAAAAAGAGAGGGACAGGGAAAGGAGUAGUGGAGCCAAAGGAGAUAUGGAGAGAAAAAGAGAGAAGAAACAUAGGAAAGAGAGAGAAAAGGAGAAAAAGAAAAAGAAGAAGAGAAGCAAAAAGCGAAAAAAGAGAGAAGAACGUGAAAGGGAGAGAGAAAGGGAGAGGAAACGUCGCAAGGUAAAAAAGAAGAAAAAGAAGGCAAUGAAAACAAAAAAGAAGAAGAAACUGUCAUCCAGCAAGCGAUCAGAGCCAGAGGAGGGUGAUAUUGAGGCAGAGGGAGAAGGGGAUGGGGAUAGAGAAGGAGAGUACUCCUCUUUCUCUGCUCAGUAUCGUGGUGCAUUUGUUGACAAAGGCAAUCUCUCAGCUUGGGAAGGAGAGAGAGAACGGGAGAGGAGAGAAGGAGGUGAGGAAAUGGGGGAUGAAAGAGAGGAGGAAAGUGGUGGAGGAAGAGGUAGAGAGAGGAGACCCAAAAGUUCCCAUUCACGAAAUCGGCCAUCCAGUAAACGUUAUCCCAACCUCAACAAACUACCUUCAUCAGUCAAGUUCUGGGUCAGUGGAGGGGAUACAGGGGCCACAGAGGCUACUGGACCCUCCCCUCCAUCUUCUUUGCAAACUUUUCUUUCUUCGUCUAAAAGAAGAAGGAGUAGUGGGGUAGAGAGAGAGGCAGGAGGGAGAGUAGGAGAGCGAAGGCCACUGCUCCUCCAUUAUGAAAGAGGACGAGUAAACACAAGAGAAGGCCUGUCAUUCCAUGAGUGGGAUUCUGAGGAUGAGGAGGAGGAAGAAAAUGAAAGGGAACGAGAGAGGGAGAGAUUAGAGGAGAGAGUGCGACGGACAGGAGGGAGAGGUGCAGUGUCAGAGUCUGAGCGAGACAGAAUAAGGGCGGAUGAAAGUUUUUCUGAUGAAGGCUCCUCAGGGGAGUUUGGCCGUUUUGAAAGAUAUUGGGAAGGAAAUGGAAUGGGUGGAGCUACCGGAAUAGGGGGUGGUGGGUGGUUUUUUGGGACAUAUCCUGCCCGAGAAAAAGGUGGAAGUGUCAACAGUCGUGACGACUCCAUUCUGGGUCGAGCUGAGGGAUGGGGUGUAGGAGGUGAUUUUUGGGGUUCAGGUCCAGGUAUUGGAUGGGGGUCUGGAGGAGGCAGUGGCGGGUUGGGGUCACAGUGGCCACCCCCUCCAACUUCUCUCCCGCCCCCACGUCGGUACUGGUCAGUUGACAAACUACAGAUGAAGAGUGAAAAGCGCAGUCGCAGUGGGUCAAAGAGCAAAGGUCACAGGUCUCGAGAAAGAAUGCAGGACACAGAGUCAUGUACAUGUGCACAGUAUGGACAUGGUAGGCCCCACAUACACCCUAAACGCAGCAGGUCUCAUUCUCACAGUCAGGAAGAUCUGCUUCCUCACUGCCACAGCUUCAGUGGAAGCUCACGGCCCAAGCCACCUCCUAAACCUGACAAAUCCAAAUCUGGAAGCCAGUCCAACGUAAGCUCCCAACAAGCCCAGCUCUCAGAACACUUAUCCCAGCCAUCACCUUCCCCACCACAGCCCCACCUUCCCUCAUUACAGGUGCCCUCUGCUCCCAACUCCUUACCCAUGCCCAUUCCUCCACCUCCAUCCUCUGCAUCUAUGUCCCCUCCACCUGUGCUCUCCCCUGGGGCUGCAUCAGGCUCUUCUCAGGCAGCCACCGCCAGCGCUAAACUUCAGUACCAGAGACUUCGGUCUGUUCCCCAGCCACGGCAAUUUUAUUCCCCCCACCUGCCACUCAAAGCCAAGAGCCUCUGCUCACGGCGUGGUUCUGCCCAUUUCUCCAGUCUUGAGAGUGAAGUAUGACACGGGGCUUCGCUGCUGCGUGUGUGUGUGAGCUCUACUGUGAAGCGCAGCUGGAGUGUGAUGCACAUACAUGCGUCGCACCAAGACGAGGAAAACGUCCACAAUGGCGACCAGAGCAGCAAAGAAACAGCAGUCAGAGUAGGGGAUGGCUCAAUGAAUUCUGCCUCGGUCACAACGGAUACUCCAGCAGUGCUCCAUCUUCGGUCUGAGCUGAGUAUUAUGAUGUCCUCCAUGCUCCUCUCCUCCAGUGAGAACAGUGGAUAGGAAAUUUCUGGAAUUUUCUGUGAGUAAUGAUGUCAUGUUUACACACACACUCCCUCGAACAAGGAAAAGGCAUUUUUGCAUCAUCCACAUACAACAUGAGAUUACAGGCGUCAAUUUCUGCUGUGGCUCAAACUGGCUUUUCAGUUUAUUUACAGAUGACUUGGAAUUAAUCUAUAGUCAAUCUGAAUGCAGGCUUGGAGAGGCUCACAUAAACAGCAUCAACUCACUGACUGAAAAAGUGUCUCCAUGGCAACUUGAUGCACAUAAAAUCUCCUUCUAUGUUUUUUCUUUUUUGUGGCACUUGGAAACAGUGAUGUAUGCCAUGAGUAUUGGUUUGGAUUUCUUUUCCAGGCCAUGCUGGAAAAUUGAAAUUUGACCUCAAAGUAAAUAAGACUAAACUGGGUCACUUUGCCUGUAUUUCUACAGCAAGCUUCAGCCAAUCAGAGUCAUCAUUCAGCAGAGCUUCAGUCCGACCAGAACUUUAAUGCCAUGGUAUCACUUUGACAUUGAACAAAGAUGACGUUCAAUUCUAAAGAGACACACUUCAAUAGAAGAACAAUAAGAACACAAACAAAUCAAAAAUGUAGCAAUUUUCUGUAACAUUAUUUUCCUUACUUCAGGUUUCCUUUAUUUUAUGCUAUUUAUUGCUCUCACUGUGGUUGUAUUUUAACGAAAGGGUAAACUAGCCGUGUCUGAUGUUAAAUAGCGGGAUUAUAGAUGUGAUGACAAUUUUUACAGAGUUAUUUUUUGAUAACAGAGUUAUCAAAUUAUCACAACUAGAUCCACGGUACUGCCCGGUGUGACAGUCCUUUCUUUGCAUAUAAGCAAUACUUGUCUUUCAUCAAACGAUGAUGGGUUGCAAUAUUUAUGAUUGGCACUAGAUGGCUACAUAAUAUUAAAAAACUGUAUUUUAAUGAUUAUGAAUGGUGGACCCUGCCUGGAUAAUGCUUGCUUGUUUCUUUUUUAAAUUUUACAGUACAUUUUAGAUCUCAAACAGACAGCUGCCCCCUUGAGUGUUUAAAAGAUGGCUGUCAUUGUCAUUGGUCGUGUGUUAUCAAGUCAAGACUACUUCCAGUGCAUAGUUGCAUGUAAUAAAGCACAAGUUGCUGGCUUUCGUCAGUGCAAAUGUAUGAUAAUGAAGAGUCGAGGACAAACACAGUAAGAAUAUUUUUUAGCUGACAGCCUCAGCCAGCCUAAAUAUAGUUUUGGCAAGAUAAUUGAUGUCAAUCAUCAUGUAAAGAGAUUUUUUAAGUACCUAUUUGACGUCAGGCACCGCUCAUUUGCCCGUGUUGUAGUUGAAUGUAGCUUUGAAAUGAUUUAGCAAAAAGUAGACAUGCGGUAGAUUUUGUAGCAUUUUGGAUGCAGUUACACAUUACGGGAAUUGACGAUUACACUUUUAAUCUGGGGGGUGGGGUGUAGAGGGCUUGUACAUGUUGUCACAGAUUAACUGAUUCAACCGCCCUUUAUUUGACUACGUGUGGAAAUAAGUGAUGUUUUUCUCCCUUUCGUACGUUGUUCCUUUUACAAGACCACCUGGGGAAUCGUCUUUAUCAUUUGCAAUGAAAUUUAGGGCUUUUACACAUUUUGAAAACCCACAUGUUGUCACAUGAGUCGAGAACUAACAAGCUCAGGUAUCGAAUCGCGCGUUGUGUAAACCGAAUCGCACACAGCCGCAAAAUCCCCUCGCUCAGCGUUUCUUGCAAUGCCGGGAAUACGGGUGCGUCAGCUAAAAGUCCACCACGCUCGGCGUAAGAGGCGCGACCGGGGGCCAGGGAGAUGGAUGUCGAAUGAUUGAAUUAAUAUAGUGUGCCAUGAGUACACUUGAUCUGUCAUUGACCCUUACUGAGUCUGAAGGCGCUAACACAGAAUUCUGUGACUGCAUGUACAGAACGGACUUCUCAUGUAGCUUUUUUCUUAAGAACAAAAAGAAGUAUUAUCUCUAUAUACUAUGUUUUUGAGAAUGUAUCAUGUUAUACUGUGAAUUGACUUAGAUAUUUUAUUGCACAUUGUAUUCGGUUUUCGUUGCCAUCAUUUGGCAUAUCAUUUAUCUAUAGAUAUAAUAUAUAUAUAUGUACAAACAAAUAUAUACAUAUAUAUACAUACAAGUAUAUAUAUAUUUAACAAGUUAAGUUUGAUAUACUUGGAGGAAGUGGUAGAAAUAGUUUUAAAUGUUUUAGCUUUGUAGCAAUUCUAGACUCUGGAGACAUUUUUGAAUUUUGAUUCCUCCUAUAUGACUGUGAAAACAUUAGUGCCUGUGAAGAAAAACAAGAAACAAGUCUAAUAUCUGUUUUCAUCCAUCUAUCUUUCCAUCCAUCCAUCCAUCUACUAAUUUAAAACAGAUCUUUUUAACCAUUACUAUAAGACUACCUAAAUACAUUUUUAAAACACAUGUUUUUUUUCUGACCAUGUUGUAAUGUUCCUUCAUUGCUUCAUCCGUCCACCCAUUUCUUAGUGCUGGUCUUUGUCCUAUUCUGUACUUAUUCUUGUUUCCACAGCGCCAUUUAGAUUUGGCAAUUCAAACAAUGUACCUCUGAUGUUUUCUUUUUAGAUAUUUUUUAAUCUCUCUGUUUAUCCCUCUGUAUGUUCUCUCAGUUAGCAAAAAACAAAACAAGAAAAAAACAGAGACCAGUAGCUACUGUGUUCCUGCUCCUAUCAAUUGAUUAUUGACGAAAAUGAUCAAUUAAAGUUAUGUUAUUGAUAAAUGACUGAAGAGUUGUACCUGAUGACCAUGACACUGUAGUGAGAGUCUGGGCUGUACUGUACAUGACGUAUUGUUACUAUGGUGAUCAGCAACAUGAUAAAUACUGUACUAUGUGCAAUAGGUAUAAGGGGGCAUUCACACUGUAGGCAUUCUUGUUCUUUAACAAGCUAAAUGACCGUUGCGCAUCUUUUCCGAUGUCAUCCAUGUCUGGCACGGUAAAUGCUGUGUUUUUUAAUUAGUUCAGCCUUUACAAGCACAUUUGAUAUGAAAUUUGCUUUUUAAAAAAUAAGAAUGCACUCUCUCCGUGAAUGCCCCCUGACAUAGUUUGCAUACUGCUGACUUGUGUUGGAGGUAUAUAGGCAAUAGAUACAGUGUCUCCCCCAUUGCCAAACAGACACUCAUCGAAGGCUACAACCCUCCCCUUUGUUUUGACUGUAACACGUAAUCUGAUAGCAUAAUGCACACAUUGUGAAAUAGGCACAGUGCUAAGUUGAAUAAUGUUGGUAAAAUUGUCAUUGGUUAAUAUUUGGCUGGGAAUUAAAAUGAUAUAUUGUUUUAAGGGCUGGUCAGCUGGUGCUUCACAUCCUGUUUAAAUGUUGGUUUGUCUAUACAUGACAGAUAAAUAAAGAGAUCAGAUGCAAAACCCGCCAAGUGCACAUUUUUUAUGACUUUUUCUGCCUAAAAACCUGUAUUUCUGAAUAGGGGCGGGAUUAAGCAGAUUUAACGUAAUGUAUACUACGCAUUUGGUUACAAUCAUUAUCUAAUUUGACUCUGGUGGUGUUUAGUGGCUUUUGCAUCUGAACUUAAAUAUAGUUACAUUUUCUACACUAAUGCAACCACACAAAGCAUUGAUGUAUUAUAAUCCCUAUGUGUGUGUGUGUGUACCUCAUUUGUCAUUGGUACAGCCUCUCUGUCAUUCAUUUCACAUUUGGAUAAUGACUGAUUUAAUGAACUUAGAGGCUAAAUAGCACUUAAUCAAUGAAAAAAAGAGGUGACUAUAUGGACAUAUGUGCUACAUUACGUACUUGUGGGUGUUUAUUUAUGUACUGAAAGAGAGAUUGUACACAUAUUUGCUUGAGUUCAUUUGUUUGCCGCUAGCCGAGAUGAAAUAAGUGAUUUGACCCCUAAACCGAGGCUGCCUGUACGUUCAUAGUAUUUACUUAAUACAAUGAGAUAUAUUUGCUUCCUGACUGUUCAUGAUUUUCUGUAGGUGUGCAAGUAUGUAAUACAUUUCUAAACAUUAUCUUCCCCAUCUUGGCAUUUCCCUAUGACCCAUGUGAGCACCUUUGCAAAACAGGUUCAAUUUAAUCACAUUGAAUUACUCUCUAGGCAUCUACCCUUGAGCUGUGUAGCUUACAGUUUACCGUCAUUUUUAUAUUUUAACAUUUAAUGGCUCCUCGGCUCCAAUGGCAUUAUGGGAUAGAAAGGUGUAUUGCUGUGUUUUGACUAAAUCAUGAAUAUGGAGUGCAUCCUGUUUUUGCAUAGAGUGUAGCACUUUGCCUGGAUCUGUGUUUAUCUUGUGUUUUUUCAGUGCUUAUCUCUCACUUAUUAGGCUGUUAUACUGCAUAAUUCACUCAGGGUAGUUGGACAUACACACACACGCGCACACACACACACACACACACACACACACACACACACACUGCAGGGCUGGUCACUGCUACUGGAUGCAGGUCUUCUAGAACUCUCUUUCUUUCUAGCUCUCUCUUUCUUUCUCUCUCUCUCCCUUAGGAGCUUAAACUCAGAGUUGCUUCAGGUAGCUGUAUGCAGCGUGAUGUGAGGCAUUACUUGACAGACAGCUCGAUGGAUAAAAGUGCAGCUCUCCUCACUUGAUCACCUCCGAUCAGUGAUGUGUGUGUGCGUGUGUGUGUGUAAAAGCAGGUCAGCUCCUGUGGUAGACCACCAUUUUAUUUCCUUAGUUUACCCUUAUUUCUCAAGCUAUUGCAAAACACUAAUUUAAACAGGGUCCUCCAUGUAAUGUUACAUACAUAACCAUGUAAACCUAUCUCAUUGUUUAAAAUGCAAAAUAUACAUUUUAGUUCAUUUCUAUUUUAUUGUUUGGAAAAAUGAUAUUUUUUAAUUUGUAACUUUGUUAAAAAUGGCUUUAUUAAUGUGACAUUGUGUUACACUGUAACUAUGGCCAAUGCAGGUGUGCACUGUAUGUGUGUGACAGAUCUGGAUUGUUGAGAAUGGUUAUGGCUUUGUACUGUACAGUCCAGACUGAAUCCUUCAACCGUUCAGAGUUGAUGGUUAUGACAUCAUGUCCUGGAAAAUGGUUUGAAUGGGUCAGUGCUAAGAAUUGCUUCAUAAAGAACACCCUCUUUAAAAAACAAUACCGCCGGCUGGACCUUGCUUAUUUAUACAUAUAUCUACAUGGCAAUGCUUGUUUAUUUGCUGUUUGCUUUUCACACAUAUGCUUUUCUUUGUAGGCUUCUGUGUUCACCUCCCCCUCUCUCUCUCUUUUCUUUUCAGCAAUGUGUUUGGAGCUUUGAUGUUUUUGAAGACCAGAUCUGACCUUAUGUAAGAUACCAUCUUCGUACAAGAAUGCAUAUUUCUGGCCCAUUUUUCUCACCGAAGCUACGAUCUCUAAAGUAAAAGUGACACACACAAACACAAUCCACACACAAAAUGUGAAAACAUCUUAAGUUUUUUUUUUUUUACAUAAAAUCACCAUAUAUAAUAACUUUGAUGUCUUUAAUAUUGACUGAGUAAUGGUCAUGUCAAAGAUUGAAGUGAAAGUAAAAUCAAUGAUUGAAAUCAAACUGAUGCGCCUAAUCUCAUAAAUAAUUAGAUUAUGAGACUUUUAUCUUUGCUUUCACAGACAGUGUUACAAAUAUCAAUAUCAGUCUUUUGCUGUGGAGCAUAUGUUAUGAAUGCGUUAACUGAUAGAUUGAUUAAGUGUCACAGAAUUCAACAUGCAGAUCGUUCCUGUCAUUUGUAUUGAUGAAAUACAAGCAUAUCUUAAACAAAUAUUGACAUCUUUCCUUUGAUGUUGGACUUUAAUUCUCCUCAUACCGACGUACCAUGGUACAUUGGUGUGUUUGUUGCUCCUUUAGUCAGAUAUCUUGUGUUUAUACAUGGAAGAUAGCCGAUAGAGUGCUGCACUGCAUAUCUAGUGUUAUCUUUAUAGUGGUGAACCGCUAACAGCCUCAUCUCGGGAGUGUUUUCAGUAGCUGUGGAUGAUGUCUGUGGUGUGCUCAUGUCUGUGCAUCGAUCAACACCGAGCCGCCGUCACUCCAAAGCCACACACACGUAUGAAGAGUUCUGCCGCAGCACAGCAGAAAGCCUGCCGUCGCUUAUCCUUUCACUAUAGCAUCAAUGCUCAGAUUAUCACCUCACGGUUGUAUGAGAGAGACGAGAGGAAUGAAAAACGUGUUAGUAGCAGGAAGGCAUGGAUUUGAAGCUGUCCCUCACACACACACACAUUUGCACACUUUCACACAUCCUGCACAUGAUAGAAGCUGCAAUGUUCUCUUUCAUCAUUAGCCCGGCGUGCCGCGGGCUGCACCAGCGCAGAGACUUGAUCUCUCAAUAUAAAAAAUAAAAAAUCGAAAAGAAAAAUGGAGAGCACCUCGGCGUCUUUUCAUCUUUUCAUCCACAAAGCAAAUUACGUUAGAAGUUUUCUUCAUUUGAUACUUUUUCUUCUUGCCCAUUAUGGCACCGGGGUUGAGCAACAAAUUUCCCAGAAUUCAUGGUGGCACGUGCUGCAACUUCUCUCAUCUCUCACUGUUAUUGACAUGAGCAUUAAUAUCAAUUUGUCUCGCCGGACUUCACUUCUUCUAUUAUUGAUAAAACUGUUAUGGGUGAAUGCUGCACUUUGGCGCUGAGGCGAUUACUAUUAAUUUUUUGCCAUAGUUUUGGAAGGCUACUUGCUUCUUUGCGGUUUCGUAUUGAUGCGUGUGCAGCUCUCUCUCUUCUUAAACUAUUUAAAAAAAUGUAAAGUAAAUAAAAGAUGCCUGUGUUUAAUUUAAAUGUGAUCAUUAUUGGAUAGAAAAGUGUAAUGCGGUUUUGCGGGAACGUAUAACAACCCUGCUGGUGUCGUCUGGUUUCCAGAAGCAAUGUUUCUGAAAUGUAAUUUGUGUCUAAUUUUAUUUUAAGUUAGAAAAGCAAGACUAGACAGAAGCAAAUUUGGAUGUUUUCAUUUGGCUGUAAUAGAUUCACAUAAUUGGUCAGAUGUUGGUCUUAAAAACACACAGCGGAAAGGAGGAGUUGGGGGAUUGGAUAGAUGCUGAAUUUUUCCUCUUCAUUAGUGUAAUGUCAAGACUAAUAAGCUGAUGGUUUAUGGCCAGUAUAUGAGCUCUUUCUUUAUACAGUAGAGGUGCACUUUGAUGUUCGAAUCCUUCGUAUAAAGGUUUACAGCCUGUCUGUUGUUACAGAUCUCUCAAAGCCGCACAUGUGCUGUUGUUAAACACUGGUCUGCCGGAAAGUAAUUUAAAAGAAAAAACAGCAUAAUUUGUUAUACAUUUUAUGGUCUCUGCCCACAUAGCUGCUGGCUCAAUGCUGUUUUCCUUUAAACAAAUGAAUCCCCGUUACAAAUUAAUUCAGAUCAGUGUUUCUGUGAUGGAUGUGAACUUUUAAAUGUUACGACACGUGGUUUUAGCAACACUAAGACAGAUAUUUAUUUAUCUGAAUACUGAGAAGUAAUGCGUGCUGGUGCUUGUUUUGUCUGAGUGGUUAAUUAAGUAGUUAAGCUAACUAGAGUGAUUAGUAUGUCCAGACAGUGCACUCAACAGGGACGGCCGAAUUUCAUCAGUGUGUAAAUGUGAGUUCCUGAUGAAUUCACCCAGCAGUUAAGAUCAACGAGCCGGAAUUGAAAGCUGGGGGUGUUGCUUUGUGUAUGUUUGGCUCUUGGGUGUGUUUCUUAGAGCACAUUUAUACCUGGUAUUAAAUUUGGUCGAUCGGAUCACAAGCGGACAAUGCGUGUCCGUUCACACCUGUUGUUUUGAUCUGUCUUUUUUGUCCACUUUCGACCGCUUCUGUCCUGAUUACUUCGAAUGGGUUGGUCUAUGGGCGAUUCCCUCUGGUGCCGUUAAAAAACUAGCAGGAGAAAUGAUGGGUUUAAGUUCCUCUGCUUGUGUUGUUAGUCAACAUGCUGUGUAAAUGCAUAUGUAAAGGCUUUUAUUCAGAUAUUUCAGAACAAUUGAUGAAAUAAGCUUGUGCAACUUUCACUCACAAAAAUGAAAGAGGCAGAGAGCAGACACACUUUAGUUUGAUUAAUGAUACUCUUAAGACUGUGCUGAACUCUGUGGGUUUGCGCUAGAAUUCAGGAUAGAUGUAAAAACAUUGUGCUUGGUGCAUUUGACAUUGGAUCAGUUGGCAGAGUGUAGGUGGUCUUUUGUGGCUGCUCGAACACAUUUGACCACAUGCACGUCUACACUACAAAAGCAACCCGGUCAAAUGUGUUUCGACUACCUCUGAAUGUGCUUGAAAGUUGACAAGCUCAAAACGUUUUACUUCCUGUUUACAUUUAGCGUUGUCCACCUGUGAUCCGAUCGAUCAAAACGCAUCAUAAUACCAGGUGUCAACAGGGUCUAACUGCCUGAUUUGUGCAGCAACAAAAGUCUGUGCAGCUUUGUUGUUAUAACAAAGUUUUAAUGCCCAUUUUUUUUAUUAAAAUACAAGCAGAAAAUACAGGAAAUAUGUACAACAAUGUUCAGUGCUAAAUGUCUCCUUCAGGCAUCAGUCAGUAUUUACUGUGACCUCUCUUGGCAUAAAACACAUCUUGAGUUUUUUAGAGGAGACUGAAGUCCUGAAGUCAUUCGAUUAGAAUUAGAAAUUAGGAUUUAAUUUCAUUUAGAUUUAAGAGAUCCUGUUGUUGCCUGCAGUUGCUCAAGUGGAAAAACACAGUUUAGCUUAUACUUUUAUACUGUUUUUAAUAAUAUAUUCCCCUUUUUCUGUAUUUUCUGGUUGUAUUCUAAUAAAGAGACUGAGAAAUAAUUAUAUAUGAUCACUAUACAAUUGUAAAAACAAUAAAUCUAAUGUUGGCGUAAGAAUUUUGCACAGUACUGUACAUUUUAAAUAAUUGGUGGGGGAGGGGUUAAAAUAUAAUUUAAAAUAUAAAAGUUUUUUAUCUCUUUCGCCGCCAGGGUUUUUA